AUGGACUCUUCGACGGGGGGAACAAAAAGGGUGAAUGGUGAAUACGAUAUUCUUUCUGAUGGCCCAAACGGCAUACCGCUAAAAUACGGAAAGGUCGGCGAGACCGUCUACCAUAAAUGGACGUGCGUAUCGGAAUUAACUGAUGUCUACUGUAUGCGUGUACACUCGUGUACCGUUUACGAUGGUCAAGGUGGACCUCCGGUUACCGUACUCGACGUUAAUGGAUGUUCCGUGGAUGGAGUAAUCCUGCAAAAUCUUGAUUACAUAGAUGAUUUGACGGCUGGGAAAUCGGCUCAGGUGUUCAAAUUUGCUGACAAAGCUGGUUUAUACUUCAAUUGCCAGAUUCAGCUGACCAUCAAAGACAAGCAGUUUGGAUGCAGCAAUGCGGUCGGUGUUCCCUGA